CGCGGAGCAAGCAGCCGGGAGCCCGGGCAGGAGGCCCAGUCUCCUGAUCGCGGCCGGCAUAUGGGGCCAUGGCCCGGCUCCCGGGGCACCCGGAGGCCCCCGGCGCGGAGCCUGGCAGCGCAGGCCGAGGGGCCCGAGGCGGCCGCGGGGCCCGGGCGCGCCACGUCAUUAUCAACGUCGGGGGCUGCAGGGUGCGUCUGGCCUGGGCCGCGCUGGCCCGCUGUCCCCUGGCGCGCCUCGAGCGCCUGCGAGCCUGCCGCGGCCACGACGAGCUGCUGCGCGUGUGUGACGACUACGACGUGAGCCGCGACGAGUUCUUCUUCGACCGCAGCCCGUGCGCUUUCCGCGCCAUCGUGGCGCUGCUGCGCGCCGGCAAGCUGAGGCUGCUGCGCGGCCCGUGCGCCCUGGCCUUCCGCGACGAGCUGGCCUACUGGGGCAUCGACGAGGCGCGGCUGGAGCGCUGCUGCCUGCGCCGCCUGCGCCGCCGCGAGGAGGAGGCCGCCGAGGCGAGCGCCGCGCCGCCCGCCCGAGGGCCGCCGAGCAGCCCGGGCCGAGCCCGGGGCAGCGGGCGGCUGGAGCGAGGCCGACGGCGCCUGCGCGACGUGGUGGAGAACCCGCACUCCGGCCUGGCGGGCAAGCUCUUCGCCUACGUCUCCGUGGCCUUCGUGGCCGUCACGGCCGUCGGCCUGUGCCUGAGCACCAUGCCUGACGUCCGCGCAGAGGAGGAACGGGGCGAGUGCUCCACAAAGUGUCGCAACCUGUUCGUGCUGGAGACGGUGUGCGUGGCCUGGUUCUCCUUCGAGUUCCUGCUUCGCUCCCUGCAGGCUGAGAGCAAGUGCGCCUUCCUCCGGACGCCGCUUGCCAUCAUCGACAUCCUGGCCAUCCUGCCCUUCUACGUGUCGCUGCUCGCGGGACUGGCGGCAGGGCCCACGGGCAGCAAGAUGCUGGAGCGCGCGGGGCUGGUGCUGCGGCUGCUGCGGGCGCUGCGCGUGCUCUAUGUGAUGCGCCUGGCGCGCCACUCGCUGGGGCUGCGCUCGCUCGGCCUCACCGUGCGUCGCUGCGCGCGCGAGUUCGGACUGUUGCUGCUCUUCCUCUGCGUGGCCAUGGCGCUCUUCGCGCCGCUCGUGCACCUGGCUGAGCGCGAGCUGGGCGCUCACCGCGACUUCUCCAGCGUCCCCGCCAGCUACUGGUGGGCAGUCAUCUCCAUGACCACCGUGGGCUAUGGAGACAUGGUGCCGCGCAGCCUUCCGGGCCAGGUGGUGGCGCUGAGCAGCAUCCUCAGCGGUAUCCUGCUCAUGGCCUUCCCUGUCACCUCCAUCUUCCACACCUUCUCGCGUUCCUACUCGGAGCUCAAGGAGCAGCAACAGCGCGCGGCCAGCCCCGAACCGGCCCUGCGCGAGGACAGCACACGCGACGACAGCACGCGUUCGGCCAGCGCCACCGAGGACAGCUCUCAGGAGACCGCGGGCGCGGCAGGGAGCUCACCGGGCCGGGUGGGACCCUGAGCUCUUACUGAGAGCUUCAGAGAGUCAAAGCCUCGGAGGACACCAAGCGCUGGCUGACCCAGGAGUCGCAAACUUGGCCUGGCAUGUCGUUGCAGCUGGCUCAGCUCCCCAAGCAACCCCCGAGCUUCGCGUAGCCUGGAGGAUAUAGCAACCUGGUCUUUCUUUGUUGCUUUUAUUUUUCCUCCAGUUUUAAAUUUUCUAUGGUUAAUUAAAAAUAAUUGAGUCCCAGCAAUUUCAAGUCUGAAGCAAAUACCAGCCACCCUGGACUAAAUUUUGCCCUUUGCUCUAAAUCUAGGGUAGCCCCAAGGAACAGAGGAUGUCAUCUACCUUGUGAUCCUUGGUGGGCAAUACCCCAUAUAAAAGAGGGCGGCAGCUGGCAUCUGUCACUGCCAGCGUCCACAUCACCUGCCAAGUGUUGGGGUAGUUGACGGGACACUUAGCCCCCUAGUUCUGCCUAUCCACCCUUUGCAGGGAGAAAGAAAUCUCAAGAGUUGACCUCUGUUCCUCCAAACCAUCUCAAUCAGAUCACUUGCAUAGUGGCCUUUUAACCCUUUCCCUGCCCUCCCUUGGUCUACAGGAAGGUCACCAGUCUCCAGGGGAUGUUGGUGACUUGUCUGUUGGGAUGUUUCCUUCAGACGUGGCUCAAGUGGAAACCAAAAACCUUGAGCAAGCCUAGUGGGGUGAGGAGGCGGUUCAGGGAGAAGACAGCGAGGGCACCACCAGGAGAAAGAGCGGCUUUUCUCUACUCCCUGGAGGCAAGGGAAAUGGAACCUCCCAAACUGUGUUGCUUUGCCCUAUUUCACCAAGCCCACAGGUGGUGGCAUAUGCCUGCAACUGCGGCCCUUGGGAUGUGGAUACAGGAAAAUCAGAAGCUCAGUGAGCCCCACCACUACACCACUACACAGACCUGUCCAUCAGAAGAAGUAAGGCCCUCAGUCUGCAGGCCACCAUCAUCACCUACUACAUAGUAGCUUUCGGCAAGGCCCCUAUGUGAGCUCAGCACAGGCCCAUUUGGGGCCCUUGCACCACAGGCUUUGCAAGAAUUUACUGCAACCAAAUAAAAAGCUGCCAGCCCCUC